UGAAUGCGGCAUCAUGACGUAGGAGGCUUCGCGGAGCAACCAGCACAUAUAUCCAGCCCACCGGACAUAACCAGGAACCUGCAGAGAAAACCAGUUUUACAGCAAGGAUGAACACCGAUACCAUUGUUAUUGUUUCUGCCGCAAGGACUCCUAUAGGGUCUUUCAAUGGAGUUCUUAGUAGUGUACCCCUGCAUGAUCUUGGGACAGUGGUCAUUAAAGAUGUACUAAAGAGGGCGAAUUUAAAGCCAGAAGAGGUCUCAGAGGUCAUCAUGGGACAUGUUCUCACCGCAGGUCAUGGACAGAAUCCUGCCCGGCAGGCAAGCGUUGGAGCUGGAAUUCCAUACUCCGUGCCGGCGUGGAGCUGUCAGAUGGUGUGUGGAUCUGGCCUGAAGUCUGUCUGUCUUGGAGCUCAGUCUAUCAUGACAGGAGAAUCCACUAUAGUAGUAGCAGGAGGCAUGGAGAACAUGAGUCGGGCUCCUCACAUACUGCAGAUGAGGUCAGGGGUGAAGAUGGGAGAUGCUGCUCUGCAGGAUUCUAUAUUGGUUGAUGGACUCACAGAUGCGUUUCACAAUUACCACAUGGGCAUCACAGCCGAAAAUGUGGCCAAGCAGUGGGGUGUGUCCCGUGAAGCGCAGGACCAGUUUGCUGUGACAUCACAGAACAGAACCGAAGCAGCACAGAAGGCCGGAAAUUUUGACCAGGAGAUCGUGCCAGUCGUUGUUUCCUCUAGGAAAGGUCCAGUUGAAGUGAAAGUCGACGAGUUUCCUCGGCAUGGUAGUAAUAUUGAUGCUAUGUCUAAGCUAAAGCCCUGUUUUAUAAAGGACGGUUCUGGUACAGUAACACCUGCCAAUGCAUCAGGGAUAAAUGAUGGAGCCGCAGCUACUGUUCUCAUGAGCCAAUCAGAGGCUCAGAGGCGGGGCUUAAAACCAAUGGCACGGAUCACAUCCUGGGCUCAGGUUGGCCUUGACCCCUCAGUCAUGGGCACAGGACCAAUUUCUGCUAUAAGGAAAGCUAUUGAGAAAGCAGGAUGGAAGCUGGAUGAAGUGGAUCUGUUUGAGAUAAAUGAAGCUUUUGCUGCUCAGUCUAUUGCAGUGGUACAGGAGCUCGGUCUAAACCGCGAUAAGGUUAAUGUGUGUGGAGGAGCUAUUUCUCUUGGACAUCCUCUUGGCAUGUCCGGCUGUAGAGUGUUGGUGACCCUGCUACAUUCACUUCAGAGGACCGGGGGGAAGAAAGGGGUUGCAUCCCUGUGUAUAGGUGGUGGAAUGGGGAUUGCCAUGUGUGUAGAGAGAGAGUAAAGACAGAAUAGCUCAGAUCUUUGACUAUACACCAACAUGACACUACUGCAAUUAUUUGUGCAAGUCAGAACUUACAUACUGUAGUGUACAUUAUGGGGGGGGGCUUUGCAGUAAAAAAACAAAUAGCCAAAUCUGGUUAUGUCUUAUUUUGUUUCACAGCUGGGAAAAACUGGACUUUCUAAGUAUAAAAAAAUUGUCUUGUUUCUCAUAUAAAACAAAUCUAAUCUGUGUUGUUCAUACAUGUUCUCUCCAGUUUUAAAGCGUUAUGGUUCAUGAAAGUCUACCACCUUUGAAGACAUUCCUUGUAUUAAUAGCCUAUGGCUGCUGAACUAAGCCUACCGGUACAGAAGAGCUUUUAUUGAGAUUAAACUGUGCAGGUCAAUGUAUUACAUAUACUACGUGAUGUGAAUCAGAUUGGAUCAUAAAGUGUUGUGAAUAAAUAUUAGUGUUGUGUAUUAAUCCAGUCUUUUGAAUGAAAAGAAUGAGUGAAAAUUGGACCCAGCAUUAAGAGUAGACCCUGUCUAUACUGUGCAAUAGAAAACUGCCUUAGGAAAUGUCAAACGUGCCAAAGUCUUAAUCAGCCCCUAUCCUGUGCUUCCAAUAGGCCGCCUUACUAUAAAUAGUGUAAUUUAAUGCUCUUUAAUUAUUGAGUUUUACUCAGGGGGAAGUUGUUUACAUAUAUAACCCGUACUGUAUUCAUGCUCAAUAAAGAUUUUAAUGAAGGUCA